AGUAAAUACAUUUAGUAGCCUAAUCGUGUACAUGCAUUAAUAGAUUUACAAAGACAUGAAAUGUAUAAUUCGAUUGCAAAUUUUAAAAAAAGAAGAAGAAGAAAAAAAACAGGCUUCAUUCAAAGCACGGCAAUAUAUUUUGAUACUCACAUAUCCAUUCUGUCAGGCCUAUCUAAUGAGAAUAAAUACAAUGCAUUGUAAAUAUGAAUGAAUAUUUCAACAGACGGGUUAGCAUUAUUUAAUAUGACAAUUAACAGUAUCCGUAAAGAUAGUACAUCCACGAUAAAUUUCGAUGUUCAGCUCGUGGGAAAAAAUGAAGAUUUUUCGUUCGAUGUAGAAAUGUGUAGGAAGGAGUGGGUACUUUUGAAGAAUGCCGACACCCACGUUCAUCUACACACAAUAGCUCCUGUGUAGCUGCAAAAAAGCACAUGGUUUCUCUCUUGCACUCAAUAUGUAAUCCUAUUCAUUCCCAAACCUUCGAUAAAGGCUGACUUCCCGAAAACGAAAAUAUAAAACGAAUGAUUUUUUGGGGUCCGAGAUAAAGCUGGUCCAUUCGAAGAACAUCCGGAAUAAAAUUAUGAUCAAGGUCAGUCCUUUAAUCGGAAAAUAUCAAUUUCGUAAACUUAAUUUACAAAAUGGGGAAACUCUCAACCGUGAGUACUACGUUGUUCUCUUCUUCCUGGCCACAUAUGAUCUAAGGGAGUGUUAGAUGGUUUAAAUGUGUUCUUAGGGCACUAAGCUGUCAGACCUUUUGGCGUGUAAGAUUGAUAGCGUGCAGGCUUCCAGGGCUCUUUGUUUGGAAUAUAAGCAAUAAAGUGCUCGAGGCCUACACUUACUUAGCUAAAGACUUCUGAGGACGACAUAGAAGACACAUUCUUGAACGUAAAAGACUAAUGAAUGUACACUUUUAUUUUAUAUCAAUAACGUUAUUGUAUGUGUUUGUGAGACGAUUUAGCGCCGGUCAAACAUAUUGUCAAUUGAGGUAAAAUGUGUUGUUUGUUAGCCUAUUAUUUACAUAAUGCAAAAUAUUUUCUUUUUUUAACUUAAUAUAGCCUACGUUCUAUUUUCAUAAAUGCUGCAUUGAACCGCAAUUAUGUUAGUUGCACUAAACGUAGAAAUGGGUACUCCAGACAUGUUUGAAUUAAUGUAAUUUCAUAAGUGUAGCAGCCUAAUAAAAAUACAUAAAUAAACUAAAACAGCACUAAUACACUGGCAAGCGUAAUGCGUAAGUGCGAGUGUGAACACUGGGGCGCGCCGGGGCUUUCAAAGAAUUUGUGUGCGCGCAAUGUGCGCGCGCAUACUGUCUCGCGCGCUUUUGCUCGUGCAUUGACAAACGAGAGCGCGCAUUCUCUAAGAAAGUAGUCAAAACCCAGACUCAGGAUUAAUGGGUUUCCUCGAUCGUGGCCAUUUUUGUUUUUAUGUGUCCAGUUGAUGUGUUUGGGGAUCUUCAGCCGAGGGCCGGUCAAACAAAAAAAGGAAGAACAGCAGACGGAUUCACUGUCACUUUGUUUCAGACCAUUCCAAGCCUGAACCCCGGCAGCCACCCUCGCCACAGUCGGCCCAAACAGAACCCUAAUGGCUCAUGCCCGCUGCCUGCCGCAUCAUUACCCCCAGAGUACCCUUGGAUGAAGGAGAAAAAAGCAUCCAAGAAAAACCAGACAACUUCUACAGCAACUACCACCACCGACCCUGGUCCACUAUACUUCUCCCCUCAAGGCUCGCCCGAGAUUUCUGAUGGUGGCAACGGGGCAACUCGCCGACUCAGAACGGCGUACACCAACACUCAGCUGCUGGAGCUGGAGAAGGAGUUCCACUUCAACAAGUAUCUCUGCCGGCCGAGGCGCGUGGAAAUCGCCGCUCUGCUGGAACUCACCGAGCGGCAAGUCAAAGUCUGGUUUCAGAACCGGAGAAUGAAACAUAAACGGCAAACGCAUUGUAAAGAGAACCAUCACGGAGAUGGAAAACCACCGAGCCUUGAGGAGGCAGGCGGACGGGGUGAUGGGAAAUCUUUUUUCGAACAAGUGGCAAACAAUGUAUCAGGGGCGCUUUUGGAAAUAGAGGGUUAUCCAUUCCAGCAGAAUACCUUAACUUCUCAACCGUCACAGAAUGGACACAAUAGUGAUUCCCAAAGCGCAACUGUCUCGCUUUUAGGUAGCAAUGACAAACAUCUGAAACAUUUUCCCAACCCGUCACCCACUGUUCCUAUCUGCGCCCCAACAAUGGCCCCGGAUUGUGCAUCUGCUCCGGACAAUGGCAGUCCCUCGGCCCUGGACGUCUCUUUACAUGACUUCAACGUUUUCUCCAACGAUUCCUGCUUACACCUCUCAGAUGCCGUGUCCCCAAGUUUGUCAGAAUCUGUAGACAGCCCCAUUGGUUUAUCUACGGAGGCCUUUGAUUUCUUCUCGGAGACGCUUACAACAAUCGACCUGCAACACUUGAGCUACUAACUCUAACUGAAGUUUCAUUAUAGGGACGUCAAUAUCUUUCUCACAUUGAUGGUCGUUGUGUUUAAUUGUGACUUUAAAAAUAGGCCUAGACCAUUGAUCAAUGAGGUAAGUUUUUCAAUAAUCGAGUGAUCAUUUUUGUUUACAGAGAAAAAAGUGAUUUGUUUUUCACGAUUUAUUUUUGUAUCGUUCGCCGGCAAAGCGCCAUAUUUUCACAGAAUAAAUUUGUACUUGUUAUUGAAA